ACCACAUUCGCACCGCAUUCGUACUAAAGGAUACAUUUAGGGUCAAAGUGAUGUGUUGCCUCCAGUAAACGGAGAGCGAUGCAGUUGUAGUAUAUUCUAAAGAUGCUUAUCUUUCUUCUUUUGCUGUCCGCUUCUCUCCUAGAACCCUUGGUCGGGAUGCCUCAGAACCAGCAACCGUGCACAGCUUCCGCCUCAGUCAGUAACACCUCAAUGGACAGCGUCACUCUCGACCCAAUCCAAUAUAAUACAAGAGCAUCUGCCUUGAACAAGAGAGAUAGCCCUGGUAUUGGGCCCAUGAUCUAUGCCUCUAACAGGUCCCGACGACCGAUCUCCAAAAGGGCCGCAUACCGCACUCAGGGGAGUAAACCAAGACCCAGCGAGCCUCGAUCAAGCAGCAGGAUGAGUUUAGCAAGAAAGCGUACCGGAAGAUCCGGCCGUUGGACAGUUGAAGAAGACAGAGCGUUGGUGCGCGGAGUAACCGCCUAUCUCGCCAGAUUUGGACUUGAACCCAACCCCCCUGCGCAUUUGUUAGCCGACGAAGACAUACGACGGAAUAUAAUGAUGGCUCAGGACCCCUGCGUGAUCGUCGAUGCCAUCAAACCACCAACUCUCGAGGUCCCCAUUGACCAACGGCAACAGUAUCGCAAUGACAGCAACAGCUAUGACACGAGCCUUUUCGACUCAAUCGUAGAUGCGUCGAAAGGUGGAGAGCACGAGAACGAAACUCUCAACGAAGCAAUCCCUUUGAGAACGCACUCAGUCAUCGACAGGUCUUUGCUGACACAAAUGGGCGGGACAUCAAAGAGGAACCGGAAACAAGUCCUGUCGUUAUCAUCAUCCGUUGCAUCAACAGUCGACGCGUCCGUCCUUGAGAGCAUGCAGGAGUACAGUCAUGAUAACGAGAAGGAAAAGCGCGGAUAUUACGGACUCAGCGUCAAUGCUGUCCAUGGCUCACAACAGGGUUUCUUAAAAACUCACCCAAACUACCAUUGCGAGGAUGUGCUGCUUACCGGCGAGUUGGCAGAUGGUUCGCUGUGUUUCCAUUCCAGGGCCCCAGCAAUGCCAGGACACCAUGGGCAUUCUGCGCAGUACGAAUACAAUGACCACAAUGUCUUCCACAGCGGCGAUUCCCUCAACAAAGGCAUGCCCCAGCUGAUUCACGAGUCUUACGAUGGUUACUUAAUGAACGAUGGAGAACCAUGGUCCACGACAACAUCAUCCUUCUCUGUAUCCGCGCCUCAGACGUGUUCUUUACCCUCGUCACCCUCUCAAGUCGCCAAUGACCAGCUAGCCGUUGAAGAUCUGUCCUGUCUUUACAGCAACGACACAUGUCAUAAUGCGCCAAGAGCAGGGACUGGGAUGAAUGCCUAUAUACCCCAGUCAAACUGCCACUCUGUGACACCCGGCUUUCGGAUUACGACUCCAUUUCCCCUGGAAAAUAGUUGGGCGGGUGCUGCAGACCCAAGCAGCCCGGUUUUCAAAUCUUCUACUUUUGGCGAUCUGAACUCUGUCAACAGCUCUAGCAGCAAUCAGUUCUAUAACGGCAUCAAUGUGCUGGAUCUCGAGAAGAGCUACUUUAGGGGGGCUUUUGCUCAGAGAUCGAUAGAGAACUAUACCUCAAGCAAUGAUAGCAGCGAUAAUGCCGGCCCUCGCUGGGAUAAUGCCCAUCUCCAGUCGUCCUUAGCUCAUUCAUACGACGACGACCAUCCAGACGUUGAUCUUGAGUCCAGUGGUCUUCUCAGUCCUUCGCUGCCUUUCACGACUGGCGAUCGAGCCGUGCUCGCUUCCAAUCCUAUAUUGCACACGGACACCUACAUACCUUCAAAAACAGCUCGCGGGGCAUAUUUUCUGGCUGUCUCUCGUGUGAUGGCCCAUUGCCCGUGGUCUUUGAUCGCUGACAGCGAUAUCCCAGGCAGGACAGGUGUGCAGGCGCAGGCGCGUUGGUCCGAAGCGUUAGAUCCCCGAGUUAAAAAGGGCCCUUGGACGGCUGAAGAGGAUCAGUUGUUGCUGCAAGGGGUUCAGCAGAGUCGAAAGUGCUGGAUUUGGAUAGCAGAUGGGAUCCCAGGAAGGACACAGCGGCAGUGCCGGACACGAUGGGUUCAGAUCUCGACGAAGGCUGAACGUCGCGCGGCAGCGAAUGUUGCAACUGUAGCAGCAGCAGCAUCUAGGACGCAACCAUGAGGCUCAUGAUACGUAUGGCUGCUCGCCAGGGCUAUGCGCUUCGGCAUUCAAUCAGGAGUGGAAGUGUGGUACCUAGAUCUGACUCUAAGGGUGGUUGAGCAGAUAGUAGCAGAAGUUAUACUUGUAUAAAA